AUGAUAUCCAAAGGUGGUGCUACUGCAUUGCGUGUGAUGACAUACAAUAUUCGAUAUGAUACUACUGCCGAUGGGCCAAAUCAAUGGCGAUACCGAAAAGCUAAAGUAGUUCAAUUAAUAAAAGAUCGAACACCUGAUCUGUUUGGCGUUCAAGAAGCUUUAGCUGGCCAAAUGAUGGAUUUGCAAACAGCAUUGCCUACCUACCGUCAUUAUGGUGUGGGUCGUGAUGAUGGUAAAACCAAAGGUGAAUAUUCAGCCAUAUUCUAUCGAGCUGAUCGUUUCGAUUUACUCAAAAGCGGUANUCAAUGGCAAUAUCGAAAAGCUAAUGUAGUUCAAUUAAUAAAAGAUCGAACACCUGAUCUGUUUGGCGUUCAAGAAGCUUUAGCUAGACAAAUGACGGAUUUGCAAACAGCAUUGCCUACCUACCGUCAUUAUGGUGUGGGUCGUGAUGAUGGUAAAACCAAAGGUGAAUAUUCAGCCAUAUUCUAUCGAGCUGAUCGUUUCGAUUUACUCAAAAGCGGUACUUUUUGGCUUUCGGAAACGCCAACCGUCGUUGGAAGUAAAGGAUGGGAUACAUCUAUAACGCGUAUAUGUAGUUGGACACAAGUUCGUGAUAAACGCACUCAACAAACGUUUUAUCACUUCAAUACACACUAUGAUCAUCGAGGUACAAAUGCUCGUCUUCAAAGUUCACAUCUGAUUUUGAAUCAGAUCAAAACAAUCGCUGGAGCUACCGCUCCUGUUAUUCUCACCGGAGACUUGAAUGCUACACCAAAUUCCGAUCCUUAUCGUGCGAUCAUUGCAGAUACUAUAUUUAAAGAUGCUUAUACAGCAUCUGAACUUCCCCAUUGUGGUCCCAGUGGUACCUUUUCCACGUUUAAUGUCUCAAGUGCGAUGGACAGUCGUAUAGAUUAUCUUUUUUCCAGUUCACAUUUCCGUGUUUUAGCAGAAAUUCAUCAAGAACAUUUUCACUUUCGUCUUGGAAAAAGAUGUCGCCACAAACGAUGGUAUUCAUUUGUUCGCAUCUCAACCAAGAAUAAGAAAGUGAUGCACAGGUGUAACUGCGGUAGUUCAUAUUCCAACCAAACUGAACUUGAUCGACACAAGACAAGUUGUUCGAAUAUUUCAUAUUUCUGCUCGCUUUGUCAUGAAGAAAUUCCGACAAAAGACAUGAGCGAGCAUUUAGUUCAUUGUGGAACAAAAACAGAAAAAUGCCCAAACUGUCAAAAAUUCAUCCAACGAUCUAUUUACAAUUAUCAUUUAGAAAAUAAUUGUAUUAUUUCUGAUGAAGAUGAUCUUGAAAUGAUGUCGAAUACGGGAAAUGACAAGGAGGAAACUGUUCCAUGUGAAUUCUGUCGUAAACAAAUCAAAUUUUGCGAUUAUAAUAAUCAUACCACUAAUUGCAAUCGGAGACGUGACGGUUUCGAUAUUCACAGACUAAUUCGAGAUUGCACUACCGAAUCAACAACAAGCGCUACAAGUCAGUCAGCAUCAUCGGUUUUGGUGAACACACCUUCUCAGAACGAUACUACAAGGGAAAGAAAAAAUAUUACUUCUGUUGUUCGUCUAACCACAUCGACUGUUCGAGAUAGUUUAAGCAAAGACUAUUAUCCCAUUGAAGUCGAUCACGUUGUUGAAAAUUUUCAAUUUAACAUUAUUCUCAUCGGUUCACCACGUGUUGGCAAAAGCCAAUUAAUCAACGCGUUAUGUGGUGAAGAAAAUAUUGCGGAGACAAGUCCUGGACUUAACUCAUGUACCAAAGAAAUCAAAUGUUACACGUUGAAAGAUAGACAACUAGCACCAGAUGGACAAUCAUUUCAGAUUAAUUUUUAUGAUACACCAGGAAUCGAAUCAUGGAUUGAGCAGAAUGGAGAGGAAACUAUGAAGAAGCUCAUUGAAGAGAAGAAUCCGAUUUGCGUCAUCUAUUGUGCGGCACCGGGAACGUUUGCUGAUUUGAAUCAACUUCAUUCAAUAUUGAAAAUGUGCAAAGAUAAACAAAUUUUUUGCGCACUUGUUUGUACAAAUAUGUGGUCGAAUCCCGGUCGUAAAGUUGUUAUUGACGAAUUUAAAAAACAGUUGGAGUUUUUCGGUGAAGAAAAUGUCAAAUCAUUCGAUCAAGGUGGAAAUCGUCAGCCACAUCAUGUGACAUUAUUCGGACAUGGAGCAUUAUGCACCAUGGUCAAUUCAGUUGAGUAUUAUGAUCCGGAUUUAUCAGCAGAAAGAAAACCAGUUCAAGGUGUCGAUGAAUUGAUUCAUUGUAUUAUGGAAGCGCUUGAUGAAGAGAAAUUAGUCGGAUGGUGCACUGCUGUUCUCUAUAGAAGAUCGUUCUGGGAGAAAGUUUUGCAUAAAACCAAUGGAUUCUUCUCCAGACAUUUCUCGGAUAUGCGCAAUUUUUUCGAUCCGAACAGUAGGACAAGUAUACAAUCUAUGAUAAGAAAUCUAUUCCAAGGAAGACGAUAA